ACCUUGUUAUUGUGUAAUUGUGAAUGGUUAGUUUUGAGCAAAAGCAGAGCAGUUGAAUAAAAGUGUACGUGAAAUUUCUUCAUUCUGCUAAAUACACAAACUAAACCAUUUCAUCAAUUGUUUAGUAAAUUAGUGUUCAAGCGUUAUUACAAAAGACAAUAGAAAUACAAAAAAAUGAUUUGAUAGAAUUUUGGUGUCCCAAAAUAUUAAAUAUUGAAAGUUGCGUGCUUGUGAUUGUGUGGGCCAAACUUUCGAGCAGUUUGCUUCAAGAAAAAACUUGUAGUGUUCAUUGAGACAAUUAUUUUUACAUUGAUAUAAUUAUGCAGAAUAUGGAUUUGGACGUAGUAGCCGAUGUGGUGUUUGUUAUCGAAGCCACCGCUGUCAAUGGCGCUUACAUGAACGAGUUGAAGAGUAAUUAUAUUGUGCCCACUAUUGAACAUUUCACAAAAGGUUGGCAGGGGGAUGAAGGUGAAUACCUCAUCUCCGAACGGCAUGCCACGCAAUAUGGCAUUGUAAUAUACCGCACUGCUGCUAAUUUACUAGAUCCUGCCGUAUCCACAUACGGGCCAUUUGUUUGGCCGAAGCAAGUGUUGGAGACUAUUGAACAAUUGCCAUUGGUUGGUGGUGGCAUGGAUUCUUGUGCAAACAUGUGUGAGGGCUUGGCUACAGCCCAUUGUUGUUUCGAAGACAUGAAGGAACGCCGUUCGCGUCUAAUGAUUGAUGCUUUAAAUGUACAACGCCAUUGCAUAUUAAUUUGCAAUAGUCCACCAUAUUCCACACCUGUAAUGGAAUGCUGGAAGCAUAUGGGAAAAACAGUGGAACAAUUAGCGACAUUAUUUCAUGAAAGAAAAAUUAAUUUCUCCAUAAUAGCACCACGUAAAAUGCCAGUGUUAUUCAAAUUAUUCAUGAAAGCGGAUGGUGAUCAACCAGUUGCUGCCAAAAACUACGCUAAAAAUAUUAGACACUUAGUUCUUCUUAAAGGAUAUCAUUUGAAGGAACGUCCUCCUAGUCCAAAUGCGAAUACGGUCAAUGUUGGCGGUGGUGGUGGAGUUAUGCCUAAUCAAAUGGUUGUACCGGUCGGAGCGGGAGGAAAUCAACAAAUGCAACAACAACAACAACAGCAGCCGCAAGGUGGGCCAAUGCAAAUCGACAACUCACAAGGACCUGUUCAAGGAUCACAAGGACCACAGCAUCCAGUUGGUAGUAUGAAUCAAAAUCAACAACUGCCAUCUCAACAAGGACCAGGAGGACCUUCCGUAUUAACACCUCAACAACUGAUGCAGCAACAACAACAACAGUUUGUGAACCAAAAUCAGAAUCAAAAUCCCAACUUCCAGCCGAAUGUAAACAUAAAUCCUCAGAAUCGUUGGAUGUUUCAAGCUAAUCAACAGCAACAACCUGGCCAACCCCGUGCUCCAUUUAUGGGCGGAUCGGGAGGUAUGCCGCCUGGUAUGGGACCAGGUGGACCUAUGGGUGGUCCUCAACAAGGCCCCAUAGGCCCUGGACAAAAUCAAAAUUCGGCAUUAAUUUCACAGCUCAGUGCGCCACCUGGCCAAAAUGUUAAUCCAUUAUUGGCACAACAACAACAACAAAUGCGAAUUCAAAUGUUGAAUCAGCAUCAGCAACAACAAUUGCAGCAAAUGCAACAGCAACAGCUACAACAACAGCAGCAGCAACAACAACAGCAGCAGCAACAACAACAACAGCAGCAGCAACAACAACAGCAACAACAGAAUCAAUCUCAACAGCAACAACAACAAUCUAUGAACAAUGCUGGCGGACAGGGUCCCAACCAAAAUGCACAAGGAGCUGGUCCCAGCAACAUGCAACAGGCAGUCUCCUCAACUUCGGGCGGAACUAGUGGUAAUGAUACCGCUCCGCAUCCACGAGAUCGUGACAAGAUUUGGUCCGGUGUUCUUGAGUGGAAUGAAAAGACCAAACCCGAUCAACAGAAAGUAACGCGAACAUUACAAUGCAGUGUAGCCACUAAUUUCAAAGAUGGCGAACCCGAAAUCAAGGCCGAUAAUUGGCCACCAAAAUUAUUAAUGCAACUUAUGCCGAAGCACCUCGUGGGCAAUAUUGGUGGCCAGUUCUUAAAAGAAUCUAAAAUGGUGGUAUUUAAACCCACGCAAUGUGAGGCGCUAGAUACACUUUCCAAAGUGAUGGCCACAGGUUUUGCCGGUUGCGUACACUUUACAAACCCUUCUGGACCAGCUUGUGAAAUAAAGGUCCUAAUUCUGCUAUAUACACAGGAGAAAAACGCCUUUCUUGGCUUUAUUCCCAACAAUCAGACGAUGUUUGUGGAACGCCUCAGAAAGGUUAUACAACAGAAACAAAUGGGUCAUGGACAACAGCAACAGCAACAACAACAGCAGCAACAACAGCACCAGCAACAGCAGCAGCAGCAUCAACAACAACAGCAACAAAUGCAGAAUGCCAUGGGUCAAAUGCAAAAUAACUUGCCACCAAACGUAAUGGCGCAACAACAGCAAAAACCUACACCAAUGGAUGUGCAACAUCAAAUGGAACAACAGCAACAACAACAACAACAGCAGCAGCAGCAGCAGCAGCAACAACAACAGCAGCAGCAACAGCAACAAAACUACAAUCAAUAUGCUCAGCAAAUGAACAUGCAAAUGGGCGGACCCGGUGGUGGUCCGGGUGGACCCAUAGCAGGUGGAGGAGGACCACCACCAGGGGUGAUCGGCAUGCAGCUCUCCGAUCAAAUGGUCGGUGGUGGUCCAAUGCAGCAGCAUCAGCAGCAAAUGAACUUAUUGCAACAACAAACACAGCAGCGCAUGCCUAUGAUGGGUGGACCGAAUGCACAAAUGCAGCAAGUCUCACCACACGCUGUGGCUGCAGCGGCAGCAGCUGCAGCAGCCAUGCAACAACAGCAGCAGCAACAACAGCAACAACGCAUGGUGCGUCCAAUGAUGAGCAACAAUCCAGGCUUACGAUUGCUGCUGCAACAACAAUCAGCGCCUGCCAAUCAAUUUCGACCCCAAAUGGGUGGCGGUGGUGGCCCAGGCGGUCCGGUGGUUGGGCAAAUGGGUGGCGGCCCACCAAAUCAAAUGGGCGGUGGACCGGGUGGUGGUGUGCCCAUGGGUGGGAAUCGUCCGUAUGAUGAGAGUAACUUUGAUUUUAUGUAAAUUGACAAAAGCCAUUCGUUGGAAAUAUGCAGUUAAGUAUGUCUACACGUAUGUAUGGUAUAUGUCAAAAAAGAAAGAAAGGAAGCUUACUAUACUUUUGCAAUUUUUUCUUUUGGUAUAACUUUAUAAAUUAUUGAUUUUAUAUUUUAAUAAUAAAUAAACAUCUAAGCACACUUGCAAAAGUCUUAUGUAGAUUUGAAUGUGUCUUGCAGUUUUAGAAUCAAAAUUAGUUACAAUUCUGUUUGCUUUUUCAAAAGUAGUUUUGGUACUGUUACAUAAUUAAAAUCACACUAUGUUAUUACAAAUAUUUUGUUGUGAAAUAAAUUUAAUAGUAAGCUGCAUAUUCUCUAGAAAUAAAAGCGAAAUAAAUUAUCAUG